CGAUCGCUCAUCCCCAGAGGCGUCAUGACAGAGUACAUUACCCUCCUCCAGGACUUGACUAACAACAUCGCCCUAGAAGAUCUGGAGCUGCUCGAGUCAGCCUGCAAGGAGCACAUCCCCGGCAAGAAGCACAAGGAGAUCACUACUGGCAGUGCCUGGUUCCAUUUCCUGGAAAGCCACAAAAAGCUGGACAAAGACACGUUUGAGAUCUCCCGACCUCCUGACCUACUCACUAUUAUGGUUGACUAUAGGACUUUUUUUUUUUUUUUUUUUAAUAGGACUAGGGUGCUGAAGAUCUCCGAGGACGAUGAGCUGGACGCCAAGCUAACCCAUGACCCCAGUGCCAAGAAGUACAAAGAUAUUAUCCGGCAGCCUUCUGAGAAAGAGAUCAUCAAAUUGGCCCCUUCACCAAAAAAGGCCUGAGCAAGGGGGAGGAAGAGGAGGAAAGUCGGUCUUUCCUGGGACCACGCCCCUCCUUCAUUCUCGGAGGGAGGGGGCAGGGCCAUCCCCCCCAAUCUACCCACUUACUAACCUAGUCCGUACACCCUUGCUGUGCACAUGGGUGUGCACGUACCCGUGCUCUGUCUGUCUGUAUG